CCCGACCGUCGCAAUAGUGUGCUAGUCGGUAAUGCGCUCCGUUAUCUGAAUCUUUAUCACGUCACGUGGUCCAAGUCACGCGGAUAUCAAAUCAUGGAGAUCUCGAGAAUGAUUUACCUGAUUCAUACGAUCUAACAAGUGGAUUUGGAGUUCAAAAAAAGAAAAAAAAUGUUUUGGAUAUCAGUUAUUCUAUUGUUUGUUUUAAACGGGUGUAAUGGAUAUCAACCCAAGUUCACUGAACCCAUUGGCAACAUUACUGUACCGGUUGGUCGAGAAGCUAUGUUUACGUGUUAUGUACAUGGCUUAGGUGGUUAUAGAGUUGGUUGGGUGAAAGCCGAUACAAAAGCCAUUCAAGCUAUACAUGACCAUGUCAUUACGCAUAAUGCUAGAGUGUCCGUUUCUCAUACAGAUGAUUCGACAUGGAAUUUACACAUAAAAAACGUACAAGAAGAAGACCGUGGUCAAUAUAUGUGUCAAAUUAAUACUGAUCCAAUGAUAAGUCAGAUGGGAUAUUUAGAUGUAGUGAUACCACCCGAUAUUAUUUACGAAGACACUUCAGGAGAUGUAAUGGUACCCGAAGGAGGAACUGUGAAGCUAACAUGCAGAGCCAAAGGUUACCCGAAACCACACGUUUUGUGGAGAAGAGAAGACGGUCGAGAAAUAGUUAUUAAAGACGCCAGUAGCACUAAAACUAAAGUUACCACGUACCAGGGUGAAAUGUUGCGGUUGACCAAGGUCAGCAGAUCCGAGAUGGGAGCUUACCUGUGCAUUGGGUCAAACGGAGUGCCACCGUCUGUUAGCAAACGCAUCACGGUCAGCGUUCACUUCCAUCCAGUGAUUUCUUCGCCUAGUCAGUUGGUUGGUGCUCCGAAGGGCACUGAAGUUAAGUUAGAAUGUAAUGUCGAAGCAUUCCCAAAGUCUAUAAAUUACUGGGUCCGAGAAAGUGGUGAUAUGGUAAUAACAAGUGACAAAUAUCAGACGAACAGCACGCAAAAAUCUAUAUUCGAGGAUCAAAUGGUGUUGACCAUAAAAUCGGUAGAGAAGUACGACUUGGGGUCGUACAGGUGCAUAGCUAAGAAUUCUCUCGGCGAAGUAGAAAGCAGCAUCAGAUUAUACGAGAUACGGGGUCUGGAUGACAACGAAGAUGACGAAAUCAGUGACCUGUCGGACCUUUAUCCGGAAUCGUACACAGAGACUCAUCACAUUUCAGGUGGUAGUGGUGCAAGUGGAAGUGUAGGUGGUAAUGGAGUUAGUGGAAAUGGAGUAGCUGACAACAGAAAUCGGACCAAGCAUAGGCACCAUACGGACUCAUAUUCACCCACGCCCAGUCCAAGCGCAUCUACCCGUUUGAUUCCGCCUUUCUACCGGACUAUCGAGUAUCUCUGACACGCGGUUACCGUCUGGUAAGCACGCGAUGAGCGUAUGCCAGACGAGCGUGACGCACGUGGUUCUUCCUAAUUGGCGUUCGUCGACACUGAUACGACUAAGCCACAAGUACACUCUACCACCGCGUUCUGUUACCGUCGAGGAUUAACGAAAUCGCGAUAAUAACAAAAUAUAUAAUAACAAACAAUACAACCUUAAAAAACCAAUAAUCAUUUUAGACCCAUAUUCUGCCUUUGUCCAAAUCUCGUAACGCGUGAAUAUAUGUUAAACCUUUCGCCAAACUACCUAUACCUAUAUCUACCCAUAAAUACAUGCCGACUUCCCAUUGUAUAAAAUCUAGUGAAUUACCAACAAAAAUGCGUCUAUGUGCUAGGUUGUUUGAAAAUGUACGCGCUCAAUAUAUUAAGAAAUACCCAGAUAAAAUUUGUUGAUUUUGGUUCACCUAUAACGCAGUUAGUAAUUUAUUUAUAUUAACAUAAACAAGAUAUGAUUUCCAGUAUAGUAAAAUAAAAUUAAAAUCGAUAUCUCAAAAUAUUCUUUAGAAGUAUUGUUAAAAUCGCAAUUAUUUUAUCAAAUAUAAAUUAAUAUAAUAACUAAACAACUCGUGUGUAUUAAUUUUUGUUUGAAAAUCAAUAAAAAAAUGUUAUGAAAACUUUUGAAUUGAUUAAGUUAGCUUUUGAAGAUAGUUCUUUAAGUUGAUAUUUAACUUUUUCCUAGCUUAAGUUUCUCGCGUCCCAAAUUUUAUAAAAUCCUCCUAUAUUCGCUAGACUUGUACUACCGUUACUUUUUAUUAUUCCCAAGACUGAAACUACCCUCAAAUUCUAGGGAUUUAAAAAAGAUUAUGACGCAAUUCGUAAUGUAAUAAUAUGGAUUAAAUUUAUAACUUUGGCAAAAACAUAAAAGUAUUUUCAUAGGACUCGAGGACCGUUAAAAACAAUGAUUUAAAGUUAAAAGACAAUAUUUUGAAGAUGACUCAUCCAAAUUGAUUAUAAUUUUCAACAACAAUGCAUAAUAAUUUGUCCUGGGUAUUUUUUGAGCGCACCUUGUAUGUAGUACGAUGUCGGGGAUCAUCGAUCUGGUGGAUUUAAAAUGUUUUAAUGUUUUUAAUUUGUAUGCGUUUCUCUGAAACUCUCUAAAUAUACCGAUUCAACAACGCCAAACGUAACGCUGCCUCCCGGUGUUAUUAUUUUAAUACUACAACAAUAAUGUAAUUUAGGCGCCUAUGUAUUGAGAAUCUUAAUGCAAUUAUCCCGGUCUCCAGACUUCGUGUUCCUCUUUCACAGGUAUGCAUAACAUAAAAUUAUGUAAUAAGUUUAACAAUUUGUUGUGAUUACUCAUUAUUACGAUAAUUAUUAAAACAAAAUUACUACUAUUAUUAUUAUUUUUAUUAUUA